UGUGUUUUGCAGACUACAGUUAAUCACAAGCCUUUCUUGAACAAUUUGAUUGGGAAACCUGUUAUUGUGAAACUAAAGUGGGGAAUGGAGUACAACUGUUAUCUUGUCUCAGUUGAUUCCUAUAUGAACUUGCAGCUGGCCAACACUGAGGAGUAUAUCGAGGGACAAUUUACUGGAAAUUUAGGAGAAAUUUUAAUCAAAAGGGUAACAUCAGAAGCCAAUGUGCAUCAGGAAGUUCAACCAAAGGGGAUUUGAGGUCACUGUUGCAUCUCUCAGUAUUGGGCACAUUUGAUAAAUAUCUCGGUUCAUUAAGUAGUAAUGAAAGGGGAUUUGAGAUGUGAAAGAGUAUAAACAGUUUUCUGUUUUCUGUUAUUCAGUUGUAACUAAUUCCAUAUUUAGUGGGUUGUUAUAGCACAGCUAUAUAUACUGUAAUUUACCAUUUAUCUGUAACUGAGUUUUCAUAUUUUCUGAUAAUAAAAUCAGAUACCAAUUUC